AUUUGCAAAAAGUGUCUUCUCGUCUUCAGUUCUGUCUUCUGUGUUGUUUAUUUUUGUCAUCUUCGUUUUUUUUCGAGAAAUCGAACAGCGAACGAAAAACAAGUGUGUACUACUGGAGUUGGAGUGGGCAUGUGUACACACCCGAAUAUGUGCAAUUAAAUAGAAAAAUAAAAAUGUCCAAAUAAAAUUUUUAAUAGUUUAACCUUUUAGCAAAAAUCUAUUGUAGAAGUUUUGUUUUUUAUUACAUUUUAAACAAAAUGUCCCUGAAAUACACUCACGCAAUUGUAACGAGGCUAUCGGAGUCUCUUUGCGGAGUUGCAGAUUUUGAUAUACAAUUGGCGAAAAAGCAACAUGAAGCAUACGUGAGUUUACUGCGAGAAAUUGGUUUAGAUGUGAUUGAAUUGCCACCCGAUGACAGCUUGCCAGAGAGCGUGUUUGUAGAAAACACAGCUGUGAUAUGCAAUGGAGUCGCUUUAAUUGCCAAAUCUAGAAAUCCAAUACGCCAACGCGAGGCUGAUAGCAUGAAAAUUAUUCUUAAAAAAGAACUCGAUAUACCCGUUGUUGAAAUGCCAUAUCCAAAUGCGGUAUUGGAUGGUGGUGAUGUCUUGUUCACUGGUCGAGAGUUUUUCGUAGGACUUUCAGAGCGGACAAAUGAAGAUGGAGCCAGAGCAGUUGCAACAACAUUUCCCGAAUAUCCAUGCACGCCAAUUAAGACAUCUGGAAAUAAACCCUUAAAGUAUUACGUUACUUUGGCUGGUCCUGAUGUCUUAGCUGUUUCAACUUCGGAUAGUUCUCAGCAGAUUUUGAAACGCAUGGAAAGAGAAGCUAGUUUUGCCUAUCAGACUUUAACACUCCCCGAAGAGCAUGCCGCCAAUAUGCUUUAUAUAAAUGGUAAUCUCAUUCACCGAUCGCCAGGAGAGAUUAUACAAUCGCACAAAAUAAUUAAGGAAAAAGUUGAUAUCCCAAGUCGAAAUAUUGAUAUUAGCGAAUUUAGUAAAUUAUCCAGUGGCUUGACAUCGUGUUGUCUUCUUUUACGCCGUUGGAAGUCUAUACGUAGUCUUUAACUAUAGAGCCUUUGCUCUUACCUAAUAUAAUUCAUCCGCACGCACAUAUAGUAAAUGUCUUCUGUUUUUUAUGUUUUAUUAAUUUAUAUAGCGAUUCUUGUAGCAUUAUCAUUAUUAUUAUUAAUGGAAUUAAAGUCUCGAAUUAUACACACGUUAUAGAUAAA